AUGGUAAGUUUUCGUUCAGGCCCAAAUUCACCCUCCCGAAAAUUAUAGCGUGAAUGCAUCAGUAUACAUGUCGGUCAAGCCGGUGUCCAGAUGGGCAAUGCCUGUUGGGAACUCUACUGUCUCGAACAUGGCAUCCAACCAGACGGGCAAAUGCCUAGCGAUAAGACCAUCGGAGGUGGUGAUGAUUCCUUCAACACCUUCUUCAGCGAGACUGGUUCGGGCAAGCACGUGCCACGUGCCGUUUUCGUUGAUCUUGAGCCAACGGUCGUUGAUGAAGUUCGCUGCGGAACCUACCGCCAACUCUUCCAUCCUGAACAACUCAUAACUGGCAAGGAAGACGCUGCUAAUAACUACGCACGCGGCCACUACACCAUCGGUAAGGAGAUCGUAGAUCUGGUGCUGGACAGAAUUCGCAAACUGGCCGAUCAAUGCACCGGCCUCCAGGGCUUCUUGAUCUUCCACUCCUUCGGUGGAGGUACUGGUUCAGGUUUCACCUCCCUUCUGAUGGAACGUUUGAGCGUUGACUACGGCAAGAAGUCAAAAUUGGAGUUCUCUGUCUAUCCGGCUCCCCAAAUCUCAACUGCUGUUGUUGAGCCUUACAACUCUAUCUUGACUACGCAUACAACACUGGAGCAUUCGGACUGUGCCUUUAUGGUUGACAAUGAGGCAAUUUAUGAUAUAUGCCGGUAGGUUGAUGUGCAUUUUGUCUGACGCGACUGUUUAGACGUAAUUUAGAUAUUGAGCGUCCGACGUACACUAACCUGAAUCGUCUGAUUGGACAAAUUGUGAGCUCAAUCACUGCCUCGUUGCGUUUCGAUGGUGCUCUGAACGUCGAUCUGACUGAGUUCCAGACGAAUCUGGUUCCAUACCCACGCAUUCAUUUUCCGUUGGUCACGUAUGCACCCGUAAUUUCUGCCGAGAAAGCGUACCACGAGCAACUGAGUGUCGCCGAAAUCACCAAUGCAUGCUUUGAGCCAUCCAACCAGAUGGUUAAAUGUGACCCGAGGCAUGGCAAGUACAUGGCCUGCUGCAUGCUUUACCGUGGCGACGUUGUCCCGAAGGAUGUGAACGCUGCCAUUGCGACAAUCAAGACGAAGAGGACAAUCCAGUUUGUGGAUUGGUGUCCAACCGGUUUCAAGGUGGGCAUCAACUACCAACCGCCGACUGUGGUGCCAGGUGGUGAUUUGGCGAAGGUUCAGCGAGCCGUCUGUAUGUUGAGCAACACGACGGCAAUUGCGGAGGCCUGGGCACGUCUGGAUCACAAGUUUGAUCUGAUGUACGCGAAGCGUGCCUUUGUGCAUUGGUACGUCGGUGAGGGUAUGGAGGAAGGAGAGUUUUCGGAGGCCCGUGAAGAUCUGGCAGCCCUGGAGAAAGACUAUGAGGAGGUUGGCGUUGACAGUGUGGAGGCCGAGGGUGAAGAAGAGGGCGAGGAGUAUUAG